ACCUCUCUCAACAUAUCAGCUCUUCCUUGGGGUCUUCUUCUUUAGACUUUCCUCAACCUUCUUAUUACCCUUUUGUUUAUCCUUACUGCUACUAAUUCAGUCAAUUUACCCUUCCUUUUAAACCUUAAACCAUUCUCUGUAGUGAUCCUCAAACCACAACUUUAUUGUUCCUGCCUCUAAGAAAUGGCAUCAAGCUCAAUGUCAGCCUCUGGUUCAUGGAGUGCUAAGGACAAUAAAGCCUUUGAAAGGGCUCUAGCUGUUUAUGACAAGGACACCCCAGACCGUUGGUACAAUGUUGCAAAUGCUGUUGGUGGGAAAACUCCAGAUGAAGUGAAGAGGCACUAUGAGCUCCUUGUUCAGGAUGUUAAGCAUAUUGAGUCAGGACAAGUGCCAUUCCCAAAUUACAGGAAAAGUGGAGUGUCUGAGGAGGAGAAAAGGCUGAGGAACCUGAAGCUCCAGUAACCCACAACUACCAUGAACAACAACAAAGAUUUUCUCAUGUUCAUCAUCCAACAACUUUUCUUGUUUCUUGGUAGUAGUACGUGGUGUUAUGUCAUACACAGUGCUAGUGCAAUAUAGCAUUAGACUAUUAGUCAUAAGAAUCAUAUAUCCCAUGAUUCCAUCUUGUACUUUCUUGUCGUUGAAGC